AUGGCGUCCACCACUACUAACCAACAACAUCAACAGCACCAGCAGAAUGACCUCUCUGUCCCCCAUGAGAGAACUGCCGACGAAAUCGAACAGCCCGUUGCCAUCCCCAAUGAUGACGAUGAUACGGAUGACAAUGGCAUCCCCCAGGGCUACAGUCUCAGCCGCCGCAACACAGAGUCCAUCAUGGACAGCGAGGACAAGAGAGAGCUCAACAGAAUCGCCUCCAUCCUCUCACAGCGCCGCUCUAGCGUGGCCUAUGAUCCUCAGCAGCAGCCCCAGGCGCUAGAGGCCAUUGACGAAGAUGCCGCAUACAACCCAGAGAAUGAAAACUUCGACAUUGAAAAGUGGGUGCGUCGCUUCUUCCAGGAGUCUCUAGAUGACGGCUUCUCCUCCAAGAGGACCGGCGUCUGCUUCCGUGACCUCGACAUCUACGGAUCUGGCUCAGCCAUCCAACUCCAGGAAACAGUUGGCUCCUUUGCCACAGCUCCCGCCAGAAUUGGCGAGUUGUUCAGCUUCAAGAAGGAUGACCACAAGCAGAUCCUCCACGGCUUUGAUGGUGUUGUCAAGCCUGGAGAACUCCUUGUUGUUCUUGGCCGCCCCGGCUCUGGCUGCAGCACCUUCCUCAAGACUCUCUGUGGCGAGCUCCAUGGCUUGAUGGUUGGCGACAAGACCAAGAUUCACUACAACGGUAUUCCCCAGAAGCAGAUGAUUAAGGAAUUCCGAGGCGAGACCAUUUACAACCAAGAGGUGGACAAGCACUUCCCUCAUCUUACCGUUGGUCAAACCCUCGAAUUUGCUGCCACUGUUCGUGCUGCCAUCCGCGACUCCCACGGUAUGACCCGCAAGGAGCUCAUUGGCUACAUCACAAAGGUUGUCAUGGCCGUCUUUGGCCUCUCCCACACCUACAACACCAAGGUGGGCGACGACUUUGUUCGUGGCGUGUCUGGUGGUGAGAGAAAGCGUGUGUCCAUUGCCGAAAUGGUGCUUGCUGGUUCGCCCUUUGUUGCAUGGGACAACAGUACUCGCGGUCUUGACUCCGCUACUGCGCUCAAGUUUGUCGAGUCGCUCCGUAUGGCUAGCGAUGUUAUCCAGCAGACCAGUGCUGUUGCCAUUUACCAAGCCAGUCAGGCCAUCUACGACCUCUUUGACAAGACUGUCGUCCUCUACGAAGGUCGCCAGAUCUACUUUGGCCCGGCCGAUGGCGCCAAGCGCUACUUUGAGAAGCAGGGCUGGUUCUGCCCGGCUCGUCAGACGACUGGCGAUUUCCUCACCUCCGUCACCAACCCCGUUGAGCGCAAGGCCAAGGAAGGUAUGGAGGGCAAGGUUCCCCGUACCCCCGAGGACUUUGAGCGCGCCUGGAGACAGUCUCCGGAAUACGCCAUGCUCAAGAAGGAAAUGGAUGUCUACGAUCUCGAAUACUCUGGUGAAUCUCAGACCCAGUCUGUCACCCACAUGCGCGAGCAAAAGAACCUGCGUCAGGCCAAACACGCGCGCCCCAAGUCAUCCUACCUCCUUACGCCUGGUCUGCAGAUUCUGGCCCUUACCAAGCGCGCCUACCAGCGUAUUCUGGGAGAUAUUGCUGCCACUGGCGCCACUGUUGCCAGUCAAUUGGUCAUGUCCCUCAUCAUUGGUAGUAUCUUCUACGGCACGCCUGACACCACCGACGGCUUCUACGCCAAGGGCUCCGUCCUCUUCAUGGCUAUUCUCAUGAAUGCGCUCACGGCGAUUUCCGAAAUCAACAGCUUGUAUGCCCAGCGACCCAUCGUGGAAAAACAGGCUUCGUAUGCCUUUUACCACCCGGCCGCGGAAGCAGCAGCUGGUGUCGUCUCGGAUAUUCCCAUCAAGUUUGUCACUGCUACCGUCUUCAACCUGGUCCUGUACUUCCUCUCUGGUCUCCGCCGCGAACCAGCCCAGUUCUUCCUCUACUUCCUCAUCACGUUCCUGUCCACCUUUGUCAUGAGCGGUGUGUUCCGCACCCUUGCUGCCGUUACCAAGACCGUCUCGCAAGCCAUGGCGCUCUCUGGUGUCAUGGUCCUCGCCCUUGUCAUUUACACUGGUUUCACUAUUACCGUUCCCGAUAUGCACCCGUGGUUCUCUUGGAUUCGAUGGCUCAACCCCAUCUUCUACGCCUUUGAAAUCCUUGUCGCCAAUGAGUUCCACGGUAGAGAAUUCCCCUGUGCCUCCUUCAUCCCGCCUCGUGCCGUGGCUGUCGGCAGCUCCUUCGUCUGCAGCGUAUCUGGCUCCCGUGCUGGCGCGGAAACUGUCAACGGUGACGACUUCAUUGCAGCCAACUACGAGUACUACUACAGCCAUGUUUGGCGUAACCUCGGUAUCCUCUUUGCGUUCCUGUUUGGCUUCAUGAUCAUCUACUUUGCGGCAGUCGAGCUCAACUCGUCUACCAGCAGCACCGCCGAGGCCCUCGUCUUCCAGCGUGGCCAUGUUCCCGCCUAUCUCAAGGACGGCAAGGCGAAGCCAGAACUGACCGAAGGCGAGGCCGCCAACAAGGAAGCGGGUGACCAAGAAGUCAAGAUCCCUCCACAAAAGGACAUCUUCACCUGGCGCAACGUCGUGUACGACAUCCACAUCAAGGAAGAGCAGCGUCGCUUGCUCGACAAUGUCUCUGGUUGGGUCAAACCUGGUACUUUGACCGCGCUCAUGGGUGUCUCUGGUGCCGGUAAGACCACUCUUCUCGAUGUCCUCGCCCAGCGAACCACCAUGGGUGUCAUUACUGGCGACAUGUUUGUCAACGGCAAGCCUCGCGACCCUAGUUUCCAGCGCAAGACCGGUUACGUCCAGCAACAGGAUCUGCAUCUCGAGACCUCUACUGUCCGCGAAAGCCUACAGUUCAGCGCCCUCCUCCGUCAACCCGCAUCUGUCAGCAAGAAGGAGAAGUUCGAGUUUGUGGAAGAAGUCAUCAAGAUGCUCAACAUGGAAGAAUUCGCCAACGCUGUCGUCGGUGUCCCCGGCGAAGGCCUCAACGUUGAGCAGCGCAAGCUCCUCACCAUUGGUGUCGAGCUGGCCGCCAAACCCAAGCUCCUCCUCUUCCUUGACGAGCCUACCAGUGGUCUUGACUCCCAGAGUUCCUGGGCUAUUUGCAACUUCCUGCGCAAGCUCGCCGACUCUGGCCAAGCCAUUCUCUGCACCGUCCACCAGCCCUCUGCCAUUCUGUUCCAAUCCUUUGAUCGCCUUCUCUUCCUUGCCCGAGGCGGCAAGACCGUCUACUUUGGCGAUAUUGGCGAAAACUCCCACACCCUUCUCGAAUACUUUGAGCGCAACGGCGGACGCAAGUGCGGCGACAGCGAGAACCCAGCCGAGUACAUGCUCGAGGUUGUUAAUAAGGGCAAGAACGCAAGCGGCCAGGACUGGCACUCUGUCUGGAACAACAGUCCCGAAUACACGGCUACAUUUACCGAGUUGGACCGCAUCCAUGAGGAGAAGAAGCACGUUGCCGUCUCGGGAGGUGACGAUCCCCACGAGCACGACGAGUUUGCCAUGCCCUUUAUGAGCCAGCUCGCCGCCGUCACUCACCGUGUGUUCCAGCAAUACUGGCGCAUGCCCAGCUACGUGUUUGCCAAGUUUGCUCUCGGUAUCGCCGCCGGUCUCUUUAUCGGUUUUACCUUUUACGAUGCCAAGGGCUCUAUCGCUGGCAUGCAGACUGUUCUGUUCUCCGUCUUCAUGGUCACCACCAUCUUUUCUACCCUCGUCCAACAGAUUCAACCCCUCUUCGUCACCCAGCGAUCUCUCUACGAAGUCCGCGAGCGCCCCAGCAAAGCGUACUCCUGGAAAGCCUUCAUUAUUGCCAAUAUUGUCGUGGAGUUCCCGUACCAGAUCAUCACCGGUAUCCUCAUCUUCGCCUGCUUCUACUACCCCGUUGUUGGCAUCCAGGACUCUGAGCGCCAAGGUCUCGUGCUUCUCUUCAUCAUCCAGCUCUUCAUCUACGCCAGCGCCUUUGCCCACAUGACAAUUGUCGCCAUGCCCGAUGCCCACACUGCCGCCGCCAUCGUCGUCAUCCUGACCAUGAUGAGUAUCGUCUUCAGCGGUGUGCUGCAGACCCCCGAUGCCCUCCCCGGUUUCUGGAUCUUCAUGUACCGCGCCAGUCCCUUCACUUACUGGAUCGGCGGUAUUGUCGCUGCGGAGCUCCAUGGCCGCCAAGUGCAAUGUGCUGAUCGCGAGACCACGCCCUUUGACCCUCCUGCAGGCAUGACUUGCCAGCAGUACUUUGGAUCUAUUGCGCAGAAGCUUGCUGCCAAUGGCGGCUCAUCUAGCGCCACUGGCCACUUGGUUCCUGGAACCGAGAAUGCUACAUCUGGCUGCGAAUUCUGCCCUCUCAAUGUUGCUGACGACUUCCUCGCCUCAUCCAAGAUCUUCUGGAGUGAGCGCUGGCGCAACUUUGGCAUUGUCUGGGUCUAUGUCGUUUUCAACAUCUUCAUGGCUGUCGUCAUCUACUACAUGUUCCGUGUCCGCAAGAGCGGUGGUGGAUUGAAGAACUUCAAGCUACCCUGGGCUAAGAAGACAGAGAAGAAGACUGACGAAACAGCCGCCAAUGCGAAGACCGAGACGGAGUCCGCUGCCAGCAAUGGCUCAAACAAUGGCAACAGUGCCUAA